AUGAAUACUCAAAAUUCAUUUGAUACUUAAUUUUAUGAAAGUAACUUACAAGAACCAAAUAGCAUAAUUAAUAAUAAGAGACAAAGAAAUAGUUCGAGAAUCAAAUCCCCAGAAUAACAAUUAGGUUAGAAUAAUAAACUCAAAUCCUAGUCUCUAUAAAUGUAGAAUACUAAUAAGAAGAGGGCUUCUAAAAAAAAACAAGGCAAAGUUGUUUCUCUAAUAAACACAACAAAAAAAUCGUUUUAUCCAACUUAAAAUAAACAUCCUAAAUAAUAAGUUCAAUCAUUAACAACAACCAGCCGCAAACUUAAUCUUAAGAACAAUGAUAUAACUUUAAGUGAAACCGUAUUGAAGAAAUAGCAUCCUAAGAUAGGGAAUGCACAAGACAAUAUAAAUAAAUUAUAAAUAAAACAAUAAAAUUUAUAAAAGGAUUAGAAUAAAUAAAUCCAUAUAAAAGAAGAGAAUUGUAAAGAAUUAAAAAAUAACCCUAAUCAAAAGUAAAUCGAUUUAUACCAGACCUUAAAGAAGGCUUAAAACUCUAUCUUUGCAAAAAACUAUGAAAUUUAGAUUUUAGAAGAAUAAAAAAAAAAGUAAUUAUAUAAUUUGAAUUAGAAUAGAGAACCAAGUUAAAUUAGAACAGUUGAAGCAAAAGAUACAAUUGAAAAAUAAAACAAUCGAUCAAAAGAUUAAAUCACCUAAAAAAGCUAAAAAGAAAGCAACCAAGAAAAAGCAAAAGCCUAAAGAAUAUCAAACUGAUAUACAUAGUCUGGCUAAUCAAAGCAAAUAGGAUUUUUUUCAAUAAAGUUCUUUAAAAUCGGCAGAUUUAUAAAGCGAUUCUUCAAAAAAAAGAUCGUCCUCUUCAGCUAGAUAAGAUUAAAAGUAAAUUAAAAGUCCCUAAUAAUUAUAUAAUCAUAGUGAAUUGAUUUUAGAUAAUGAAAUUAAUAAAUUGUUCAAGAAAUAUCCUCCUACAACUUAUUUGUAAAAGAUGAUAAAGAAAUUGAUCUUGUUAUUUUAAGAUUCAUAAAAUAUUAGUGUAACUUUAUCUGAUUUCAAUUUCAAAGUACUGAUAUAUCAAGGUAUCCAAAAAGCAGUAAUUAAGAUAUAAAAGGCUUGGAAAUAACACUGUAUAAGAAAGAAGCAAAGAAAUCAAAAGAUUAAUUAAUAAGAGAUUAAGAGAUUAAUCUAGAAACAUUAUAAGUCCUUAUUCAAUGAUUAAGCUUAGAAUAAAUCUCAUCCUGUUCAAAUAAAUAAACUAUUAAAAUAAAAAGCGUAAGCCUAAAUUGUCCCAAAUACCAAACAGAUUAAAUAGGAAGAUUAAAAUAAAAAUAUUGUCAAUAAUAAAAAUUAACUUAUUUCUUAAAUUAUUGAAGAAUAGAAAGUGAUAAAUAAAAUACCUUUAGUUGUAGAAAAUCAAACCGAUUUUUAACUUUGUCAAAGCAAUCAAUUCAGUGUUUCAUAGAAUGCAUCAAAUUUAGAGAAAGCAAAAAUGGCAGAUGAAAUUUAAAAUGAAUUGAAUGGGUGGAAUUUUCAAUUGGAAACAUAUGAUAAUGAUUAAAAGAAGACAGUUGCUAUGAGAAAACUUAAAAAUUAAAUGAAACACGCCAUUAUUUCUAUUAUUUAAAGUCAGUUGUCUAAAUUCAAAGUUAAUUCUAAUUAAUCUGACCAUUCAUUUGAUGUCAAAUUGUUGCAAUCUUAAGAAGCAAGUACAGAGAAGAAUUUUAAUGAAGCAAGAAAGAAAGUAAAGGCCCUUUAAGAUUAAAGCGAAGCUAAAUUAAUUUAAUCAUCAAAAGACUAGAUAACGGAGAUAAGUAAAUCGUCGAUUUUAGUGUUAUAAUCUCAGUUGAUGAAAAAGGAUAUAGAAUUAUUAAACAUGAGAGAAGAGGCAAUUUAAUUAAGAUAUUUCACAGAAAUAAAAAAAGUUGAAAAUGAUGAAAACAAAAAAGCAGAAUUAAAUAAAUGGUUGAAAAAGGAAUUAGAAGAUCUUUAAAUCACAAGAUAGUAUAUUGAAUUAAGCAAGAAAAAAGAAGCAAGUGCUAUGAAAAAGAUUUAGAGAGAUUUGAUGAUUGCAUCAAGUUUCGAUGAAAACAAUUCAAAACUUAUAAGUCUUAAGUAGAAAGUGGAUGAACGAUUUAGUAAUCUUAAAAAAUCAAAACAAAGCCAAUCUGAAGUUAAAAUUUUGAAUAAUGUUUAUGUGCAAUCUGAGAAUGAAUUAGAAAAACUUGAAGAGACUUAAUCUGAAGAUCUUGAUUAAGAAAAUUAAAUUGAAUAAAGAUAGUUUCUUAAAGAGGUUAUUAUUUAACCUAAUGAAGAGAUGAACAUGAAAGAUAAAUUGGAUUUGAUUGCAAAUGACUUAAUUAGUGACAUUUUAGACAAUUUAACUGAAGGUAAAUAUAAUAAUAUCUUAGAAUUGCUGAAUUAAUAAACCCAAUUUGGAUUAGUUAUUCAAUAACUUACGCCUACGAUGUCUCAAAUACCAACUUCAAUUAUUGAAAUUAGAUACUAUCUUCACAACCUUUUUGAUUAUAUCUUGCCUCUCUAUGGAGAAGACAUUGUUUAAAAGAUUAAUAUUCCAUAUGGUUAUUCACCAUAAAAGCGAUUAGAGCUUUUCUAUGGAAAUUAUUCAUAAUAAAAUAUGGAUCAAAAUUAUGUAAAUUUUGUGAUGUUAGAUUAAUAUUUCUUUGAAUAUGAAUUUCAUCGACUUUAAGAGAACGACUUUGAGAAUUUGAAUCAUGUUUCUAAGGCUUUAAAAGAGCUCGAACAUAUUCACAAUAGAGCUAUAUUUGAUGCCUGCAAUGAGGUCUUGAAUACAUUCAGACCUUAUUAUUACAGUAUUAUCAUGAAUCUUAUAAUAGAUAAUGGAGAGCCUUAUCCUUGGGAGGCUCGAAUCCCUCAGUAAACUAUUAAAUGUGAAGACUUUUGUGAAGUUUUGAAUAAGAUGGAAUCUAGAAUAAUUUAGUUUGCAAAUUACUUAUGUGGAUUCUUGCCAAUAGAAGAAGAAUAUUAUGUUCCAAGAGAGAAAUAAGUUAUUCUAGAAGCUAAGUCUACAGAAAUGAUGAUAUAACAAAUGAAUAUGCAAUAGAACCCAGAAUUGUAUGAUACUGAUCUUCCAUAUUACUAUGAUCCUAUCAUAUAAAUAAGAGAGUAAAGAGUACAUAAAAUGUUGAUUGCAGAUGUAAUGAAUCAAUUAUAUAAUACAGAUGUAAGAUAGUGAGUUUAGAUGGAAUUUAGCAUCAGAUGACAAGCUGGAGCUGUUGAUGGAGAUAGGAGACAUGGUAUUUGAAUAAUGCAUUGAAGAAUUUAUAUAAGAUGCAAUCCUAUUAUGA